UCCACUAUUUUUAAAAAAAUUUAUAUUUUUUAUUAUUUUUAAUUUUUUGGGUUAGGUUGGAGAAGUUGAACCUUUAGCGACUCCUAUUAUUAUGUUUAUAUUAUCAUUUUAAUUCAUCAUUGCAUUGUAAAUACAGAUUAGAAAAGCAAAAAUUUCAUAUGAUUCCUUGUGCAGUUUUCCGAGCAAAGAUAUAAAGACAAAUAAUUAAUUAAAUGCAAUUUUAUCCCUUUUAUUAUACGGAAAUCCGAAUGAAAGAAAUGGUCAUUUUAUGACCUCGAAUCAAAUUAUUAUAAUCUCGACACCAUUUUUUUAUUGAUUCUUAUUGAAUAAUCGAAGAUUAUUUGAAUAUAAGUGAAAAUUAAAAUUGUACCUGAUAUUAUCCUGACCGCUAAAAAAAUUUCCAGACAUGCAAGCUUGCAUUAGCGACGUUAAAAUCGAAGGAUGGAACGUUGAUCUUAAGAAUCCACUAUAUAAACUUUCGCUUACCUCUGACAAUGAAUCUUGGUCAGUUCUGAGAAAAUAUUCCGAAUUUCAACAAUUAAGGACCAUUCUUAAAACGUGUUUCCCGGGGUCUCAUCUCAAAAAAAUUCCGGGCUUGAAAAAAUUGGUAUUCUAUCAUUACAUAGCAAGUGUCAAAAGAUUUAGCGAAGGAAUGACACAAUUCGUGGGUGACAUUAUCAACAACGCCACCUUGUUUGAAAAGGCCGAAGUUCAAAACUUCCUAGGGUUAAAAUCCAAAAGUUUUAAACCCUCGAAAGCUUGUACCCUUUCUCAUUCAUCCCUCGAGAGUUCGGGCAGUCACGAUAAAUCGAACUCUUCUAGUUCCUCUGGGAAUGUAUCAAACUUUUCGAAUCCGCCAGUUGCUAAAGACGAGAAAGGAGGAUUUUUUUUCACUGGGAAAGAUGCUACGACUGACAAAGAAUUUUCCAAUCAAAUGAAGCCUAGCGAUUUUGAAUUUCUGAAAGUCAUAGGAAAAGGAAGCUUUGGCAAAGUUUUGCUAUCAAAAAGACGUUCAGCUGACGCCGACGUUAAUGUUCCCACGAAAUACUACGCUAUCAAAGUUCUGGAUAAGGCUCUGGUUUCUGCUCGAAACGAAAGUGGUCACGUGAUGGCGGAACGGAAUGUGCUGGUCCAAGCGAGACCUCAUCCUUUCUUGGUUCGCUUUUGGGCCGCUUUCACAUCUAAGCAUAAACUCUUCUUCGUGCUGGACUAUGUGGAUGGAGGGGAGCUGUUCUUGCACUUACAACGGGAGAAGCGAUUCAGUGAGCAGAGGACCAAAUUCUAUGGAGCGGAAAUAGCUAGCGCUUUGGGUUACCUACAUUCCAUGGAUAUUAUAUAUCGUGAUCUUAAACCAGAAAAUAUUUUGUUGGACCGUGCCGGUCACAUCAAGCUCACCGAUUUCGGUCUUUGUAAGCAAUGUCCUGAUUUCGAUGUUCUCAUCACCCCCCACCAAUCUCAAUGUCAAUCGAUAUCGGACUCAGAACCAGAUUGGGUGAGUCAAUUGGCUACCACCUUCUGUGGAACGCCAGAAUACCUGGCCCCAGAAAUUUUGUCCCACAGGAAUUUCGGCCAUAAGCAAAGCGAUGAAGAUGCUGGCGAAGCCUUACCAAGUUUUAAUAGCGGCAAAAGUGAGAUAUAUUACUACGACAGGAGGGUUGAUUGGUGGUGCCUGGGAGCAGUAAUGUACGAAAUGAUUUUCGGCCUUCCGCCAUUUUACUCUCGGGAUACCGCCAAAAUGUACAGAGCGAUACUGACAAAACCCCUAACUUUUCCUGAACAAAACUCGAAACAUCGACACAGUCAACCUAAUUCGCAAAAAUAUCGCGAAAACGAAAAAGGGGUCAAUUGUCAACAAAAGGAAGGUCACCAAACAUCUCAUCAAGCUAAAAAGUUAUUAAAGGCCUUGCUACAAAAAGACAGAGAACAAAGAUUGGGAGCUUCCAAACGAGACGUGUUAGAAAUUCAAGAACACCCCUUUUUCGCCGAUCUGGACUGGCAAGCCUUGCUGGCCCUUCGUAUUACUCCCCCCUUCGAUCCAUCCCUCACCCACCCUCUGGACUUCCGACAUUUCGAUCCAGAAUUCAUAGAAGAACCGGUUCCGGCAUCUUACCAAACUGCUCUCGCCGAAAAUAAUUCGCACUCGCGUCAACAUACAGUCGCCGAAAAUCAACUGACUAAUGACCAUUCCGCUAAAAAUAUUUAUAAAUCACUCGACAACUACGAGCAUCAUGACGACACCAAUAAUUAUAGUUUCACUAAAAAAGGUCAAAGUAUAGGAAACAAAAAAGAUAGUGGCUUCUACUGCGAAUGUGCGAAAUCGGUGAUGUCAAAGCUAGACGAGCACGUCAAAAUGCCGAAAAUUUCACGACCAGAACACCACCCUUUAGGGACUGCUCAUUGCAAAGGAUGCCGGGAAGAUAAUAUCGAAUUGAAGUUUACGGAUGAUGAAUACAGCGAGUUCUUAGGAUUUUCUUACGUUCAUCAUACGCUUGAAGAAUAAUGAAAAUUAUUUCCAUUUACUAUAAAAGAAUAGAUAUUAUAAUAUGCAAUCACAAAAAAAUGGAAGUAAAACUGACCAAAUUAGUAAAUUAAAUAUAUAACGUUAGAAGAUGGUGGAUGAAUAUCCUUUUUUAUUUAUUAUUAUGGCUUUGUUGCAUUUUUUUUAUUAUGAUUUAAUUUAUAAAAACGGAAAUUUAUUUUCGCGCUUUUUAAAAAAAAAAAAAAUUUUUAUCAUUUCUUCUUUUCUUCUCCUUUUUUUAAUUUAAUUAUUUUAAAAAAGAAUCAAUUGUUUUAAAUAGUAAAAAAAUUUUUUUUUUUAAAUCGACAUUUGACAUUGACAACUUAUUUACAUUUAUUAUUAUUUCUAUCUUCAUUUUUCGAUUUUUUUUUUAUUUUUCUAUAAGGGGACAUGAAAAUUUUAGUCUUGAUUUAUAUCCAUAAAAUUUUUCCGAUGGUUAUAGGAAUGAAAUUCGAAUUUGACAUUUUUGUUUUUAAAUGAGCAUUUAACGACUACUCAUAAUAUUGUAUUAAAAUUUUAAUUUUUUUUUUUUUAAAUAAUGAAUAUAAUAUUAUAUAUAUUGAAAUUAAACAAUAUUAGUUAUGAAUAACAAACGCAACUCGCCAUGAUAAUUGUUAUACCUUAUUGAGUUAUAAUUUUUCCAUCAAGCACCCGAACUGGGGCGAGAAAUUAAAAUGUGACGGUUCGGGCUUACAUUUUAAAAGGUUUCGGUCAUGAUUUUAGCAAAAUUAUGAAAGAUUUUUCAAUUAUAUUUUAACAAAUUUGUAUUAAUAUAAAAAGACACGCAGAAACAUGAA